GGGUAAUGUAACACAGAAGGGGGCCGACCCAAGCGUUCAUAACGGUGGGGCUGAGCUGGACGUCUUUGCAGGUGAAAAGACGGUUUUCUUGGUUGCAACAUAAGUGAGCAUCUCGAAGAGGGAACUGGACUGCAUAAUUGAGAGAUGGGGGCUAUUUUCUCCCGGUGGAGGGCCAAACCAUCCACUGUAGAUAUUUUGGAAGGCAUAGAGAAGGACAUACAGACUCUUGAGGAGUUCAGGGAGAAGAAUCAAAGACUUUUGAAGUUGUGGGUGGGAAGACUGCUGCUGUACUCGUCCCUGCUCUACUUGCUCACCUUUAUAGUUGUGUAUUUUUGGUACCUCCCUGAGCAAUGGACGGGCCGGCUAAUACUGGCCCUGCCGUUUUUCAUAUUUCCAGUACUAGUGUGGUUUACGAGGAAGUUGAUGAUUUCUCUUUUUUCAAAGCGAACAGAAAGAAACAAUGAAAAAUUAGAAGAUCUGAAAUCCCAAAAAAGAAAAAUUCUUGAAGAGGUCAUGGAGACAGAAACCUAUAAAACCGCUAAAAUGAUCCUGGAAAGAUUUGAUCCGGAGUCAAAGAAAAAAGUUAUGGAGCAGGACUCCACGCCAGUUAUGCCCCAGAUGACUCCCAGACCAGGCCAAGAACUUCGUCAGCGCAAUGUUGCCCCACGGGCUCCUGUCAUGGGGACCCCUGUCAGCACAGCUUCCCGCACCCCAGUGGCCCCCGGCACCACGCCCUUAGGCCCCCUGCCCCACUCAGCCCCCGGCGGCCCCCCGGAGAGGGGCGUGAGCGCUGCGGCCGCUCAGCAGAGCCUGAUGAGGAGGCCUGCCACCCCCGGCACUCCCGGAUCGGGAACCCACCCUCCAGGCCCACCCCUUGCCAGACCCAUCCUCCCACGGGACAGAGGCGCCAUGGACAGAGUCAUCGAGUACCUGGUGGGGGACGGACCUCAGAACAGAUAUGCCCUUAUAUGCCAGCAGUGCUUUUCCCAUAACGGCAUGGCGUUAAAGGAGGAAUUUGAAUACGUUGCCUUCAGAUGUGCGUACUGUUAUUUCCUGAACCCCGCGAGGAAGACGCGCCCCCAGGCGCCCCGACUCCCAGAAUUCAGCUUCGAGAGGAAGGUGCGCUCUGAGAUGCCCCUCUCAGCCCUCUCUCCCGUGCCCGAGCCCCACGACGCCCCCUCUCCUACAGAGAACGGCAAGCAGGAGGCUUUCCCUGCCGGAUCAGAUCCCGACCCAGAGCAGACCCAGCCAGCACCAGAGGACCCAACGACGGAGGAACCGGGAACUCCGGAAUCGGACAAGACCCCUUCUGAGAAUACCGAAGAGGAGCAUGACGUGUCCCCAAUGGAAGUCGAGUAGUGAGCCCUUAGAUUUCAGCACAGAUUGGUCCAGAAAUGUGAACGCUUGCUUGAUUUGCUUGCAUUUAUUAUUUUUUUCCCAGCAUGGUCACGGUUUAAUCAUGAAGCUGUACGUGAGUGAGCCAAUUCUAGAAUGUAGAACAGCCAAAGGUUGGAAGUAUCAUGGAGGUAAAAGGGAUAUCUUUUCAGUUCACUAAUGGCAGAAUGCUGUAUGUCACUUUGUCGUCUACCAGUUUACAUGUCAUGUAUAUGAAAAAACUAUACAUAUAAAUCUGCAGUAGCACUUCUGUGAAUGAUGCAAGUAUGACCAGAGCAGUGGAGCGUCUAAGUUAUUUCACACAGAAUGAUUGCGAGAAUAGACA